AUGCCUCCACUAGAGUUCCACGAGCUCCGCCGGGGCAAAUACUCCAAGCUCGACGCUCCCGUGGAUGACGAAUCUCCCUCGCGCCCAUCCUUCGCUUCGGACGCUUCCUCCUUUGAAGACCUAGAAGAAUACGACCCUUUAAAUUAUGAUGCGGGCACCCUCAAGCGCAAGAAAAGCUCCGGCGACCUGCGAACGCGCAAACCCUCGUUCAAGAAAGAGGCGGAGAAGUUUGCUCUCAGACCGAAACCGGGUAGAAGCUGUGGCAUACGGCAAUGGUGUUGUUGGCUCUUGGUAUUCGUAACGUCAGUUAUUCUACUGUUCACUGCGGGUGGGCUGUGGGCGUACAGGAGGACACUGGUGAAAGAUGGCAUGAGUCCGCCGUGGUACCCUACACCCAAGGGUGGUGCGGAUGCGGCGUGGGCCGAGAGCUAUAAGAAAGCGGCGGAGAUGAUUCGGCAGAUGACGCUGGUGGAGAAGGUCAACAUCACGACGGGUGUGGGGUGGAGCAUGGGGAUGUGUGUGGGCAACACAGGGCCGGUCCAGCGACUAAAGUUCCCCUCGUUGUGCCUUCAGGAUGGCCCACUCGGCAUACGAUUCGCGGACAAUAUCACAGCGUUUCCGGCGGGAGUCACCGUGGGCGCGACCUGGAACAAGGACUUAAUGUACCAGCGAGGAAAGGCACAUGGACAAGAGGCACGUCUGAAGGGCGUGAAUGUAUUGCUUGGACCUGCGAUGGGUCCCCUGGGGAGAAUGCCUGCUGGAGGUCGGAAUUGGGAAGGAUUUGGAUCGGAUCCGGUACUCCAAGGCAUCGCGGCUGCGCAGACGAUCAAGGGCAUACAGGAUGCGGGCGUUAUAGCCACCGCGAAACAUUUCAUUCUCAACGAACAGGAACACUUUCGGCAAGCGUGGGAGUGGGGUCUGCCAAACGCCAUUUCAAGUAACAUCGAUGACCGCACUUUGCACGAAAUCUACGCUUGGCCAUUUGCUGAAUCUGUGAAGGCUGGCGUAGGCUCUGUAAUGUGCUCGUAUAACCAGGUCAAUAAUAGCUAUGCCUGUCAAAAUAGUAAGCUCAUGAACGGUAUCCUCAAGGACGAACUCGGUUUCCAAGGCUUCGUUCAGAGUGAUUGGCUUGCUCAGCGUUCGGGUGUAGCAGCCGCCCUGGCUGGCUUAGACAUGUCGAUGCCUGGAGAUGGUCUCAAAUGGGCGGACGGAGACAGCUUGUGGGGCGCUCAACUUACGAAGGCGGUGUUGAACGGAAGUGUUCCUAUUGAUCGUGUGGACGACAUGGUUACUCGCAUUGUUGCCGCCUGGUACCAAGUCGGGCAGGACCAGUGGUCCGACGAUGGGCCCAACUUCUCAUCCUGGACGAAUGACGAGGUCGGCAAGAUUUACGAAGGAAGCCCUUCGGACAACACCAAAGGCGUUGUGAAUAAGUUCAUCAAUGUGCAAGGCGAGGGCGACGAUUUCCACGGCACUCUGGUACGCAAGAUCGCAGUAGAGGGCACAGUACUCCUCAAGAACCAGGAAAGCCUUUUACCCCUAAGCCGGGAUGGAUGGCAGGAGCAUGAAAAGGCUAGUAAGGCUGGCACGAAGUAUCGUGUCGGUAUCUUUGGUGAAGACGCACGCCUCAGCCGCGAUGGUAUUAACAACUGCCCUGACCAGAGUUGCAACGAUGGCACAUUGGCUUCUGGUUGGGGUAGCGGUGCCGUCGAAUAUCCGUACCUCAUCGAGCCUCUCUCUGCGCUGCGCAAUGCGUUCAACAACGACUCAGUCUACGUCACCGACUGGCCUGAGAACACUCUACCCAAAGAGAGACAAGUUAUCGAGGACCAGGACCUCUGCAUUGUGUUCGCCAACGCUCACGCUGGAGAGGGGUACUUGAAAUGGUCAGAUGUUCGUGGUGAUCGAAACGACUUGAAUCUACAGAAGAACGGCGAUCAGCUCAUCCGAGACGUUUCCAGGAGCUGCGGAAAAGGCAACGGGGAUGUAGUCGUAGUGAUUCACGCUGUUGGGCCGGUGACCAUGGAAAGGUUUAUUGACCUGCCCAACGUGAAGGCCGUUCUACUUGCCAACCUCCCCGGCGAAGAGUCUGGCAACGCGCUCGUAGACCUCAUUUUCGGAGACGUCAACCCCUCAGGUCGUCUUCCCUACACAAUCGCCAAAACUGAGGAAGACUAUGGACCCGGCAGCAAGAUCAAAUACCUUCCCAACCCCGUCGAAGGCCUUACGCCUCAACAGAAUUUCUCAGAAGGCCUGUAUAUCGAUUACCGCCACUUCGACAAGCAAGGAAUAGCACCCCGCUACGAAUUUGGCUAUGGGCUCUCAUACACCACUUUUCAGCUCUCCUCCCUCCUCAUCUCCGGCCACGGCGGCAAAGCGCCCCUGCCUGCAGCGCGCCCAUCCAACACCAUCGAGCCACCUACAUAUCCAACCAUCCUCCCAGACCCCAGAUCCGCGCUCUUCCCGCCCAAUUUCCACAAAGUCGAGAAAUACAUCUACCCGUACCUCACCUCCACCGAAUCGAUCCACAGAUCCAAGAUCCUCGCAUCCCAACUCCAAAGCCCGCUUUCCGACGCCGGCGGUGGCCCAGGCGGCAAUCCGGACCUCUACACCACGCUCAUCACUGUCUCCGCAACCGUGACGAACAUCGGCCUUGUGGCCGGCGCGACCGUGGUUCAGCUAUACGUUUCCUUUCCCAAAAAUUACAAAGAUCCCGAGACCGGCGAGGCAAUAGACUUUCCUGUGCGCGUCCUGCGCGGGUUUGAGAAAGUGCAUGUGCCGGCGCAGCAGGAGGUGCCUGUCAAGGGGGUGAAAGGGAGCGCGCAUGGGGGAGGUGGGAAUAGGCAGGUGGUGACGUUUGAGCUGAGUAGGAAGGAUCUGAGUUACUGGGAUGCGGGGAGGCAGAAUUGGGUGUUGCCAAUCGAGGGGGAGUUUGAGAUUGGGCUAGGGUUUUCGAGUAGGGAUUUGCAGUUGAGGGGGACGUGGUAG